AUGUCAUUGGCGAAUCUUACUCCGGAUUUACUGCGAAGAAAGCCGCGGUUUAUUUCAUUUAAUUCUGAUAAAGGGAAAAUAGAUAUCGAUUUGGAUUUAUCAAUUCCAUUUUUAUCAAUACCUCUAAAUCACGAAGAAGGAGCAGAUGGUCCACAACCUCUGGUAAAUGUCAAUUUAAAAUCUGUUGCUAUUGCUGGAGUCUUAGCUGGGGUGUCGGCAUUUAUUUUGCCACUAUUUUUCUACAAGCCUUCCGCUGAACAUCGUACAGGCCGGAACGAUGAAUUUGGAUUUAAAGAAGUGGGCCAAGCAUUCAAUGAAUUAAUGUUGGGAAAUAAUUAUGUGACACCGUGUCUUCAAUACGCAGUUUGUAGUGCUGUUGCUAAAGUUAAUCAUGCUAGAGUUUUAUCAAACAGUGAUAAAAUAAUUGACGGAAUAGCCAACCUCGGGUGGUUUAAAAACGCUACCCAUGGUACAGCGAUACAAGAAGCAAUCGAUAUAGGCCGACGGUCUAAUCCUGGAUGUUCUUAUUUGUUUAAAGGAUGCAAAAUGCCUGCAGAUACUCUUGAGACAAUGUUGAAUGAAUUAGGAGUUUAUUGA